AUGGAGUUCCCCUACACAUCUAUCUAUCUAUCUAUCUAUCUAUCUAUCUAUCUAUCUAUCUAUCUAUCUAUCUCAGUCUGUUCAUAUCUAUCUAUCUAUCUAUCUAUCUCAUUUUUCGUUUCUAUCUAUCUAUCUAUCUAUCUAUCUCAGUCUGUUCAUAUCUAUCUAUCAAUCUAUCUAUCUAUCUAUCUAUCUAUCUAUCUCAUUUUUUCGUUUCUAUCUAUCUAUCUAUCUAUCUAUCUAUCUAUCUCAGUCUGUUCAUAUCUAUCUAUCUAUCUAUCUCAUUUUUUCGUUUCUAUCUAUCUGUCCAAUUUUUCGUUUCUAUCUAUCUAUCUAAAUGUGUAUCUAUGCAUGUAUAUUUUUCUAUUCUCAUCUAUCUAUCACUUUCGAUUUGUUUUAUCUAUCUAUCUAUCCAUCUAUCUAUCUCAUUUUUUAAUUUCUAUCUAUCUAUCUAUCUAUCUAUCUAUCUAUCUAUCUAUCUCAGUCUGUUCAUAUCUAUCUAUCUAUCUAUCUCAUUUUUUCGUUUCUAUCUAUCUAUCUAUCUAUCUAUCUCAGUCUGUUCAUAUCUAUCUAUCUAUCUAUCUAUCUAUCUCAUUUUUUCGUUUCUAUCUAUCUAUCUAUCUAUUGUCUCAUUUUUCGUUUCUAUCUAUCUAUCUAUCUAUCUAUCUAUCUGUGUUCAUAUCUAUCUAUCUCAUUUUUUCGUUUCUAUCUAUCUGUCUCAUUUUUCGUUUCUAUCUAUCUAUCUAUCUAUCUAUCUAUCUAUCUAUCUAUCUAUCUCAGUCUGUUCAUAUCUAUCUAUCUAUCUAUCUAUCUAUCUAUCUAUCUAUCUAUCUCAUUUUUUCGUUUCUAUCUAUCUAUCUAUUGUCUCAUUUUUCGUUUCUAUCUAUCUAUCUAUCUAUCUAUCUAUCUGUGUUCAUAUCUAUCUAUCUCAUUUUUUCGUUUCUAUCUAUCUGUCUCAUUUUUCGUUUCUAUCUAUCUGUCUAA